GAGACAGAAAAUGGCUGAUAAAUGUCACAUAUAUCUGCUGGGACUGAUAAUUCUCUGCUCACCUCUCACAGGUACCAGUGAAGUUGAACACCAUGUGUUCUUCACUGAUGAUGAAAAUGUCACUCUGCCAUGUAAUAAUGUUCGUUCUGACUGCACAACAACUGAAUGGAACUAUUAUGGAGAAGGAUAUUCAGAGCCAGAUAAACUGUUUUCUAGAGGAAUAAAGAAGAAUGACACAGAGAGACACGAGAGACUGAAUCUGGGGUCUGACUGCUCUCUGAACAUCUAUAAAACCACAAAAGAAGAUUAUGGACUUUACAACUGCUGGAAAAAUGUGAAUGGAGAGACACCAUAUACUGAAAAUGUUUAUCUGCAUUUUCUUCAUGUCUCUCCACCAUCUACACAGACUGAGAUCAGACCAGGCAGCUCUGUGACUCUCUCCUGUCAAUUAUAUUCAGAUGAUAGAAAUACUUUGUGUAAAAAGGGAUUUAAUCUGGUCUGGGUGAAUGAGUCUGGUGUUAAUCUGCAAACAGACUCCAGAUAUCAGAUAUCAUCCUCUCCAGAACACUGUUACAUCACUCUGACUACAACACUCCUGAAUGAAGACAACAACAGAGAGUGGAGAUGUCAGAUUACUAAAGGAACUGAAAUUAAGACCUCAGUCAGCUAUACUGUCAAGUAUUUGGCAGACAGUAAGACGUCAAUUGGAUUAUUAUUGAGAGUGAUUAUCAUUAUUGUUGAGAUUGCAGCAGUAACUACUCCUACAGUUAUUCUGCUUCAGAUCAUCCGUGAAAGGAGAGCUGAAAGCAAAAGAAGAGCUGAAACACCAAGAAGACUGAGUGAAACCUACUAUAAUUUAGAAUAAAAACAUAAUUUCAAAAUAUAAAGGAAUGACAAAAAUAACAUGAUUUGAAUGUCAUUUCCAGCAUUCAGUAUUGUGCAGACUGCUUUAAAAUAAAGUUUGAAUCA